AUGAGUGAUCUACGGCCUAUAUCUUUGUGUAAUGUCCUCUACAAAAUUAUUUCUAAGGUGAUUGCGAAUCGUCUUAGAGUAGUUUUGCCAAAUGUUAUUUCUCCAACUCAAUCUGCAUUUAUUCUUGGGCGGUUAAUCUCAGAUAACAUUAUGAUAGCUUUUGAAGUAAUGCAUUAUCUGAAGAGAAAACGCAAGGGUAAAGAGGGAUAUAUGGCUUUGAAAUUGGAUCUUAGCAAAGCUUAUGACAGAGUUGAAUGGGGUUUUCUUAGAGCUAUGAUGGAAAAAAUGGGCCUCGCCACUCGUUUUGUGGACCUUGUUUUGGCUACGGUCAUUUCAGUGAAGUACAAAAUUGUUCAUGGCGGGCAUGUGUCAGAUUCUUUUGUGCCUGGAAGGGAUAGCUAUGUUUAUUGCCGUGCCAAUGAAAGGGAAGCUUCUAAUGUCCUGCACCUUCUUCAAUUGUUUGAAGCUGCUACUGGACAGCAGAAUGUGCGCUAUGCUGAGAAUGUCCAUUGGCAGAUGACUUACUUGGGUCUCCCUUGUACUAUGGGGAGAAAUAAGGAUGCAAUAUUGGGUUUUCUCAAAGAUAAGAUGCUCAAGCAAAUACAGAGUUGGGAAGGUCGUUUGUUAUCAAAGGCUGGCCGUGAAGUUUUGCUCAAAACAGUUGCUCAAGCUUUGCCAACCUAUGCGCUGUCUGUGUUUCUUUUUCUGCUUAAGACUUAUUCUCACCUUGAGAGCUUAAUGUCAAAGUAUUGGUGGGGGUCCUCUAAUAAUAGAACCAAAGGUGUAAGUUGGUUUAAUUGGCGACGUCUUUGUAGAAGCAAGAAUUCAGGUGGGCUUGGCUUUUGUAAUUUGCGAGAUUACAAUCUUUCCUUGUUAGGAAAGCAGGGGUGGUGUCUUCUUCUGUAUGAAGACACUCUUGUGGGACGCAUUUACAAGGCCCGUUACUAUCCAAAUGGUAACUUCCUUACUGCUGAGAUAGGUGCAAACCCAAGUUUUAUUUGGCGGAGUGUGUUUGAAUCCCAACAACUGAUCUGUGAUGGUGCUAGAAGGAGAAUCGGUUCUGGUAUGUCUACUCCCGUGCUUAAUGUUCCUUGGCUAAUUUCUGAUGUGAAUCCUUGUGUCAUUUCCACACAUCCUGCUUUGGCUCAUAGCACGGUCUCACAGUUGAUGCACAUCAAUCGUAAGCAAUGGAAUCUUGAGGUUUUACAAGACUUGUUUGAGGCAAGGGAUAUUGACUUGAUAAUGCAGGUUCCUCUAAGUGAUAAUGUUAAUGUUGAUUCUUGGUUUUGGUGUAAAGAGCCGACAGGCUUCUACUCGGUUAAGAGUUCUUAUCGCCAUCUCCAAGAAUUGAAAGGUGAAUGGAGCCUUCAAUUGGAGUCUGAACUGUGGAGGGUCCUAUGGAAAGUUAAAGUCCCCCCCAAGGUUCUUCAUUUUGCUUGGAAAGCUAUCUCGGGGUCUGGUGUGGGGCUGCAAUUUUCUACAGAAGCUACCUUUGCCAACUGGUUUAAGGCGUUUUUGACAGGGGGUAGAGUGGCUUUGGUGGAUGAGCUUUUGAUGGUAGCAUGGGGAAUUUGGAAAGCUCAAAAUGAGCUUCUUUGGCAAGGUCGUUCUUCUCAGGCUGCGGAUGUGGUUCAGGUGGCAAGGUCUACUCAUUUUAAUUGGCUGUUGGCUCAAGAAAACAUGUUCGAACCGCUAUUGUAUGAGGCUACUGUUGCUGGUAGCAGUGUUGGUUGGGUGAAGCCGCCUGCUGGGAUGCUGAAAAUCAAUACUGACGGGUAA